CUAUUGACUGACAAUAAGAGUCAUAACAAUCAUCACAACAAUUGCAGUACUCUUUGUCGCCAAUGUCUCGCCACAAAGGGGGGGCCGACAGGGGUGAGUACUCCACGCCCAACACGGCUACCGGCGCUCCCAUGACUGCCCUCGAGCUGUGCGAAGCCGACGACAUCGCCACCAGUCUGGCGGUCGACCAGUACUUGGGAUUCACGACACACAAGAUGAACACCAGGUUUCGUGCGCCCAAAAUCCAUCCGAAGGACUACUUGAAGAACGUGUUGAUCGCCUUCAAGAGGAACCAGAACUACGACCUCACCAUCAAUAAGAUGUUUGGCGGCGAUUGGGCCAACACUAUGUCAGUCCACACACUCACACAUCCCGUUCCCCUUCUCACUCACACACCUCCCGACCCCAUCAUAUCUAAACUCAAGUAUCGCAACAAAAGCCAACGAAUGCAGCGAAUCAUAAGAAGCCAUUUGACAAACUUCUUGCGGAUGUUUGACGGGAGGGCCGGCUAUGAGAUCAGGCCCUGUCAUCGGUACUCAAUGGAGGGCAAGACGGGCGCCAAACUGUGCGCCACUCAAAAGUGGCUCAAAAACGAGAAAAUUGAAUAUCUUAUCGGCUGUAUUGGGGAACUGACCCAAAAGGAAGAACAGGAACUCCUAAAGCCGGGUAUAAACGACUUUUCGGUGAUGUAUUCGUGUCGCAAGAAUUGUGCCCAACUCUGGUUAGGUCCCGGCGCUUACAUCAACCACGACUGUCGGCCGAACUGCCGGUUCGUGAGCACCGGGAGGCAGACGGCGUGUGUGAAAGUGUUGCGACCGAUAGAUGUGGGCGAAGAGAUCACGUGCUUCUACGGCGAGGACUUCUUCGGCGACGAGAACUGUUACUGCGAGUGCGAGACCUGCGAGCGCAGGGGAACUGGAGCUUUCGCUCAGAGAGCUGGUGGAGGGGACAGACAGUUAACCACCAACACUGCCAACGCUCAUGAGAUUAAUAAUAUCAACAAUUGUGUUACAAAUAAUAGUAUUAAUUGUUUGACAAACAGUUUAAUUCAUAAUAAUGUGUUAAAUAAUAAUAAGAAACAGACGUAUAGUUUGCGUGAAACAGACAAUCGUCUCAAAAGACAGGCCCGCAAACAGCAAACCAAACGAGAGGACGAAUUAAAUGUAAAUACAAGUGAAUUGAACGCAACGACACAUAACUUGAGAUCAAAUACCAAUAAAAGCAUUAGCGCUGCCACUGAUGACAACAUCACUCACAACACAUCCAUUUGCGAACAACUCAUGGAAGACAAUCAUAGCGAAGACGAGAACAUGGACUGCGCCGACGAUAUCAACGAUCAUAAGAGCCGUAAAUUGAGUAAAAGUGUGGCUAAAAGUCACACAAAGAUUAAAAAUAGGCAAUUAAUGACAAGUAAAUUGAAGUCCAAUCACAAUCAUAAGAGUGCGACCAAUGGUAAGACUAUAAGUGCCUCUCCGUUGAGGGUUUCAUCGCCACAACAGGCGAGACAACUGCCCACCAGAGUUGGUCUAACCAAUCCUGUCAAACAGGAGUCCACCACAACUAGCCAUAGGCUCGCCUCACCAUCAAGUGUGUCAUCGCUCAGAAGGUCUACAAGAAUCGCUUCGACAGGCUCGGAGUCCGUCAAAUCGGAUGAGUCUGAGUCUCCAUCAACUGUGGCGCCUUCGGUAGUGACCCGUCUGUCGGACUCUGGCAGUGGUGUCUGUCCACCGACGGCGUCUCCGGUGUCGUCCCAAUUGUCGGGUCAACCGAAUUGCCUGAAACUGACUAUUCGUGUGCGGCGUCUAAACAACUGUCAAAACGAUUCGCUUAAUAGUAACCGAAACUCAAACAAAUCGGCGAAUAAUAGCAAUAUUUACGACUCGGCCGACGACUCCAUACUAACGGACCGCUCGCUGGACUCGAAAAGUACUAUUCUAUACGAAGUGAUGCCCUCGUCUUCAACGGGUACGACCGCCUCGUCGUCGAGUGCCAGCGACUGUAGUUCGACGACAACUGCCGGCCCACUGGUGGCCGACGGUUACGGUUUAGACUAUAGCUAUAGCCGUAAGAAUAGGAGUAAGAAAAAGAAGAAAAAGAAAUCCAAACGAAGAGGUCUGUCGUCGAAGAGGGAGUCGUUAAGCGACAGUAGGGCCGGCCAUACGCUGGACUCCCCGUUCAAUAGCGCGAAACGGUUGCGACUUAUUGUCGGAAACGAUACCAUUAGUAUUGAUAUUAAGAAAAAGUUGUCUCUUUUUUAGCGUUUUUUGUAAAUUUAUUAGUUAUUUAUUAUUUUAUAAGUGAUAUCCAUUUCCACCCGCCCCCUCGCACUACCGGCCCUCUUGUGUUUUUUAUAAGAGAAUCUGUGUUUUUGACAAAAGCUUUAUUUUUGUCCCAAAACUUUAGUCCUUUAAUGAAUUGAGUUAUUUGUGUCUCAUUUUAUGUGAACAUAUAUUAUUUUAUAUAAGAAUUUUUCGUGUAAUUAUUUAUAUAUUUUUUAUUAUUUUGAUUACAAUUUUUUUGUUUAACAGAAAAUUAU